CCUUUCGCACUCCUCCCAUUACCCUAUGCCGCACGGCUUGACUUCCACUGCAUCUCAUUCCGUUCAUCGUCUUCUCCAUCUGCCAUUUUCCUGAAGAAGCCCCAGGACCAUCUCGACCCUCGAAUCCUCUCAGCUUCACAAUGACAGAGGUGCCUUUUAGACCCCGGGAGAAGCUCCUUGAGAAGCAGAAAUAUUUUCAGAACAUUCACAGACAUACUUAUCUGAAGGGACCUUUUGAUAAGAUUACCUCUGUGACAAUUCCACUUGCUCUGGCAGGUGCUUCGUUGUAUUUGAUCGGUCGUGGGAUCUAUAACAUGUCCCAUGGGAUUGGGAAAAAGGAAUGAUUCUGCAAUUUCUAUUUGGAAGUGGAGUAUGUGUUUGUCGUUUGACGGGACGAAUCUCCUAAACCUGGUUGUUUUGUUUUGAAGUAUUGUGUCCUGGAAUAAUUUGCAUAGAUUCAUUCCUUUCCGCAGUGAUGGGACUGACAAUAUUGUCUUCUAGCCUUCUUUUGAUCUGUUCUAAAUGAUACUCUCUUUUCCAGCUAAUGAUAUUAGCCUUUUCCAGUC